AUGUCCACAUAUCGCGGACAAGUCGGUUGUAUGCAGACCCCCGGGUUGUGCAUCGUGUGGCUGUGCGUAACACGGCCGUGGGCCGUAUUCUUAUCUCAGCAAGACAUGAACGACCUUUUUCGACCCGUAGAGGACGAGAUUAUUGGGCUCAUGGCAAGGCAGGUUGAAAGCGCCAGAAACGGGGGCAGAGUCAUCGAUAGAGUUGUUCUCGUGGGCGGCUUCGGCGAAUUUUUUCACCUACAUGAGCGUGUUACGGCGUGGUGCCGUGAGCAUGGCAUCGGCCCAGUCGUUUCCCCCGAACAUCCCGAAACAGCGAUAGUGCGCGGCGCAGCGCUCCGAGGGCUACAAGGAGCGAUAUUGUAUGAGAGGCGUUCCAACCGACACUACGGAUUCUUGGUGUCGAUGCCCUCUCGCGAAGGUAUCGACCCUUCAUCAGCAGCAGUGUUCGAUAACCUCACGGGCAACAAGACCUGCAGUGGUCGUAUGCAGUGGUUCAUCUCAAAGGGCGAAGAUAUGUAUACCAACCGGCACAUCGAUCUCGUCCACACAUGGAGUCGCCGCAACAGUCUAACCACUCAAGUCAGCAUAUUCUCUUGCUCUCUGGACACAGCGCCAGAGCAUAUGGAGCAUCCGCAAGUUGAAAAGCUUGGCAAAAUCUUGAUCGAUUUCACGGGCAUGGAUGAGUCGACACUCAGCCGAGGGGUUAGCCGUUCUACAUCAUCCACGUUGAUGGUUCGAUAUCAGCUGCAAGUCAGUCUUGAUCAGAGGACGGGAGACAUGGACUUUCAGACCCUGGUGGACGGCGAUAAGGUUGGCAAAGCCUCGAUGGUCUUCGGAUGA